AUGUCUGAGGAUUACGUUCAGCAGUGUUGCGAUAAAGCAGCUUCCUUUAUAUCGAGAGGAGAUUACGAUGCUGCUGAGAAGUAUUUGAAAAAAGCUCUCGAACGCCAACCUGAUAAUUUGAAGGUCCUUUCUUUGCUUUCUCUUGUAUCGGAGGGAAGAAAAAAGAGCCAGAAGGAUGAAGAGAAAUCGGAAGUAAGGCAACGCCAUCAGGCUCAGAGUGAAACCAAUGUGUCUUUCACUCCCGAACAGAAAGAACUUGCUGAUUCCAUAAACAGCAAGGAGAAUCUGUACGAAAUUCUUGGCGUGAGCACAAAUGCAUCCACGGAGGAAAUCAAAAAGGCCUAUCGCAAACUUGCCAUUAAACUCCAUCCUGAUAAGAACUCGUAUCCGGGUGCCGCAGAUGCAUUCAAGCGUGUAUCUGCCGCGUUUACCGUCCUCAGCGACGAAACCAAGCGUUCUCAAUAUGAUUCGAAUCCCUCCCCCAGCGGUUCGAACGUGUUUAGCUCCCAGCCGUCCAGCGCUCCCCCUGCAGAGUACUAUUACACCCAAGACCUCGAUCCUGAAUUUCUCUUCCGCAUGUUUUUCGGCAAUGAUCCAAGUUUUCAUUAUUACCAAUUCAACUCGUUUCCUCGGCGUUAUUCCUAUCGUUCCACAUCCUCCGAUCGUUCCUCAUCUCCUCAGUCCUUCAUUUCGCUUCGGAUUCAUCCCUAG